CGUUAGCACCGACUUAGGCGCCGGUUUGUGAUGACUGCAGCAAAAAUAAAAUAAUUACAACAAUAAUAUAAUAACUAAAAAUAAAAAAAUAAUAAUUUAAUUAAUAAAAGAAGCGACGUACGAAUUGUAAACAGCAUCUACCGGAAGGAAAAGACUUGCUUUCAAGGUUAUUGAAAGUCGUCUGAAGUAUACGUUCAGGCGCACUUUUCUUUUCGCGCACACCUAUUCGCCAGUCAAUUAGUGUGUCCAGUCAAGGUGGACGCUGAAAAGAAAGUUAUAUAUUUUAAGGCGCUCUACCGUGUGUUCACAUAGUAGUAGUAGUGCGUGUGGAUUGUGUAUGCCGCCAACGGUUUUCGUUUGCGAUCAUUGCUUCGGCUGAGCAUGAAUAUACUUUACGUGCAACAUCUAAGAUCUUAAACUGUAACCGAAUGUUACAUAACUUGUGAGAAUAACGGAAAAUAACUUGUAUUUGUUUUCAAUCAAACGAAAUAGCAAAUACCGUAUUUGAUGCGAGCGUUUUGUGAAUCGACAAUCGUUCGAGCACAUGUGCGGGUUACAUUUUAAAACGAGAAAUAGUCCGUCUCAAAAGACGUCCCUACGCUGGGGCGAUAGUUGCAAUUUUCAUUAACAAAAAAAUACAAAAAUAUUUGUGCUCGCAAUUUAUUGAUAUAAAUAUAAUCUAAAAAUAUAAAUUGGUAAUUAAAUGCAUGCUUGAAGCAUAUAAAAAAAAGUACAUAAAUAUUUAAGUAACUAAAAGUAAAUACAAAAAAAAAUAUUCUAAAUCAAUUGGAAACAGUAUCUACACUAAAACUGAUUCUGUAAGUGUUCCUUUGGCCCGAAUAUGUCCAUGAAAACUAAAUAAUAGAAAAUUGAAACUAAGCUUGGACAAGGUCAUCACUCGAAUCACACGGAAAUUAAAAACACAUUUUUGAUUGAAACAAUAAUCUGGAGAUAAUACACGCCCCAACAUGAUUAAUAUCGCUGGUGUGGUGAGCAUCGUGCUCUUCUAUCUGCUAAUUCUGGUCGUGGGCAUAUGGGCGGGACGUAAGAAGGCGGCCGGCAAUGAUUCCGAGGAGGAGGUGAUGCUGGCGGGACGCUCAAUUGGUCUUUUCGUAGGCAUAUUCACAAUGACCGCAACUUGGGUGGGUGGUGGCUACAUAAACGGCACGGCAGAGGCCAUCUACACAUCCGGUCUGGUGUGGUGUCAGGCGCCAUUUGGUUAUGCCUUAAGCUUGGUUUUCGGUGGCAUUUUCUUUGCAAAUCCCAUGCGUAAGCAAGGUUACAUAACCAUGUUGGAUCCGCUGCAGGACUCUUUUGGUGAACGCAUGGGUGGUUUGCUCUUUCUGCCGGCCCUCUGUGGCGAGGUAUUCUGGGCUGCUGGCAUUUUAGCCGCUUUGGGCGCUACGCUGUCUGUAAUCAUUGACAUGGACCACCGCACUUCGGUGAUACUCUCCUCGUGUAUUGCCAUUUUCUACACGCUUUUCGGCGGCUUAUAUUCCGUCGCUUAUACCGAUGUCAUACAACUAUUUUGCAUCUUCAUCGGUUUGUGGAUGUGUAUACCGUUCGCUUGGGCCAAUGAUCAUGUGAAGAGUUUGUCCUCAAUGGAGGUGGACUGGAUGGGGCACGUAGAACCGGUGAAACAAUGGUUCUACAUAGAUUAUGGACUGCUAUUGAUCUUCGGUGGCAUCCCGUGGCAGGUGUAUUUUCAGCGCGUGUUAUCAAGCAAGACAGCUGGUCGCGCUCAAUUGUUGUCGUAUGUUGCGGCAGCUGGUUGCAUCCUCAUGGCAAUACCGCCGGUACUCAUUGGCGCCAUUGCCAAAGCAACAGCAUGGAAUGAAACCGAAUAUACCGGCCCCUAUCCACUAACCGUUGAGCAGACUAGCAUGAUAUUACCUAUGGUACUACAAUACCUUACACCCGACUUUGUAUCAUUCUUUGGUCUUGGCGCCGUUUCGGCAGCUGUCAUGUCCUCGGCGGAUUCGUCGGUGCUCUCGGCUGCAUCCAUGUUUGCGCGCAAUGUUUACAAAUUAAUUUUCCGUCAAAAAGCUUCCGAGAUGGAGAUUAUUUGGGUGAUGCGUGUGGCCAUAAUAAUCGUGGGCAUACUUUCAACUAUAAUGGCACUUACGAUUCCCUCCAUUUAUGGACUUUGGUCCAUGUGCUCGGAUUUGGUGUAUGUCAUUUUGUUCCCACAACUUUUGAUGGUCGUGCACUUUAAAAAGCACUGUAAUACUUACGGCAGCUUAGCUGCCUACAUUGUGGCGCUCUUUAUUCGUUUGUCGGGUGGUGAGGCAAUGCUUGGUCUGGCGCCACUAAUACAUUUUCCCGGCUAUGACGAGGAGACACAAACCCAGUUAUUCCCCUUCCGCACCAUGGCCAUGUUAAUGAGUCUGAUCACGCUGAUAGGUGUUUCUUGGUGGACAAAGAUGAUGUUUGAAUCGGGUAAACUUCCACCGAAUUACGACUAUUUUCGUUGUGUAGUGAAUAUUCCUGAAGAUGUACAAAGAGUGGGAGAGCCUUCAGAAGCUGGAGAGCAGCUUUCUGUUAUGGCUGGUCCAUUGGCACGUUCCUAUGGUGCAGCCACAAUGGCUGGCAAGGAUGAGCGUAACGGACGUAUUAAUCCGGCGCUCGAGUCCGACGAUGAUUUACCCGUAGCCGAGGCGAAACGUAUGAAUCAGCAGACAGCGCAGGCGCAGGUGCAGAAAAUGUUGAGCAAGGCGACGGGUAAAGGUGGCGGCAGCGCAAGUGACUGCGGAGGCGGAGGUGGAGUCGGCUGUGAUGUGGGCAUGGGUCUCAAUUUAAGCGGACAAGGUAUGGCUGUGCCAACUGCUGAGCAUGAUAAUACUGCCUUCUAAGCACAUGUUCAAAUACACACAUAAACACACACAUACAAAUACAUAACGUGCAUAAAUACUUAUAACAUUGAAUUUAAUUAUUUAAAAAGUAAAAUUAGAAAUUUGAAAUAAUGGAAAAAAUGCCUGAAAAGUCAGAAACGAAAAUUCGCUAACAUCUUAAAUGAUUUAAAAAAAAAUAAAAAAAAACAAAAUUAACAUGCAGAAUUUAGCAAAAGUGCUCAUGAAACACACACACACAUACAAACAUGACUUUAAAUGCAAAUAUAUUUGGUAACGACUUAGAGGAAUGCUUGCCAAGCAGUUGGAUAAUGCAAUCUGAAGGCAAUUAAUAACUAAGCUUAUGAAACAAACAUAUCAACGCAGCAAAAUGCGUAAGGAAGAAGAAGAAACGUAAACUAAUUAUACAAAACCAAUAUACAUAUAUAUACAUACAUAUAUUAACUGCUGUUACAAACUAUUUUUGUGUAGUGUUGCCAGUGUUAACAGCUUGUGCUUUUUGUUUUUUGUUCAAUGUGUUUUUCAGCUAACAAGUACUUAAAGAAUAAUGCGUAUUGUAAAAACUUUUAAAGUAAUGCAAUGUUAAACAUUCUAUUUGAAAUUAGCAUUAGGCAGUAUGAUCUUAAAAAGUAACUAUAAUUAUCUAUAUAUGUUCGUUUGUUCUAUGUAUGUAUGUAUUAUGUGCUUGCUGGCAACGGAUUCUAAUCUAUAGCAGUUCAUAAGAGAGAACUUUGCACAGAAAACGCAGUAGUGACAUUUGUUGUUGUUGGCUUAAAUAUUGAUUACCACACACUAAGUAUAUGUAAUGUUAGUUUUUCUGCGUCAUUAAUUGUUGAAAUUUGCAUUUUAGUAACUAAAACUGUUAAAUCUUAAGAAUAUACAAAGAGCUCAGGUGCCGUGAAUACGUGUGUCUAUAAAUGAAUAGUUUUAAAAUAAGUUUAAUUAAUAUUUUCUAAUUAAAUUAAUUUAAUUUUUUUGAUUUUUAUUUUUUAAAAUAAUUUAAUACUAUAAAUUAACUAUUUAUUUCAACAAAUAUAUUUACAUUGCUUCAUUGCUUCAGUUGGUAAAUUUUUUAUUUCGAAUAACUUGAAUAAUCAUAGCUAAACUUCUUCGUUAAAAUUACUUCAAUAUGCCAUACAUAACUAUAGACCAGGGUAGACGCGAAAGCUUCAGACCUGUGAGAAUACUCUCCGGACUAUGACAGAUGAAUCUUGAUGUCUCCUAUCGGAAAUCUGUAUAGUGAGGCCCGUAUGCACUCAGUUAAGGAGCAUAAUGAACUCCUCUCCAGGCAGUUCUGGUUGAGAUGCUUUCGCAGAAAUCACCCUUGCAAUCACCUGCUUUGAGCGGAACCGCCACCUAGAAACAUCAGAAGGUCAUUCCGCAACUAUGUCGACGACGUGAGACAAUACUUCGACUAGACUUCGGACGCAACAAACUUACGACAUUCACAGUGGAGCCAUCACCUUCACCGACUCCCUUCCAGUAAAUGGUGUUCUCGGAGUCAAACCACCCAUUGCAGACGAACAACUCGAGUUGCCGCGAGAAACGAGAGUGACCCUUGAUCAGCUUUGUUCUAGAUACUGCAGCAGGUUUAACUCCUACUUAUCCAGAAUAGACCUCGACAUAUCCAAAAUAUGUAUGUUCUGUGUGCAAUGAGUCUCUUCAUGAUACUGGCCACCUCUUUGCAUACCCCACCAACCUCACUCAUCCCUGUGGUCCGACCCCGUCGAAAGAGCAUGUUUCUUGGGCCUUCCGUUGGAUGACGUCGACGGCAACUUAGCUAAUCCUUACCAUCCUAAUGAGGACUAAGUAGCCGCUAAAACAACAACAACAUAGACCACGGUAGAUAAUUUUUGAAAAUAAUAACAUCGUGUUAGGAUGAAACCCAUCGGAAACGAAAAAUCAAAUAACAGACAUUAUAGGAAAAUCUAGAGAGAGGGAAGGGGGGUGGCUAAAUUUCAAAGGGUUAAAACUAGUCCUAUAGAAAAAAGUUGUACGGCAAUGUUGUAGGUAAUGAAAAGGUCUAUAACUUUUGUACAAAGAGUUUUUCGACAUAGCCUCAAAAUUUAUGUGAAAAAUUCAAAUAACAAAUUUGUACUUCCUAUUUUUGUCUUAUACAAAAAAUUGUUUCCUUCACGAAAUUUACUGGAAACUUGCCUUUUUAUGUCGCAAUUUUUUACUUUGAAAUAUUUAUUUUUUCUCUUUAUAUUGACAUCUUUAUAUUGAUAGCGAAAAAACCAUAUUUUCAAUCAAAAAAUCUCAAAUCAAGAUAUCAAAUUUUUUUUCUACAUUCAAACAAAAAAUGUAACUUAAUUAAUAUUAAUAUUUUUAAGUUUUUUUAAAAGCCUGAAAAUAUAUUUUACAGUAAAAUUUGAUAUUUUUUCGUAGUUGCGAAAAUCUUUUCGUAUUUUGUCAAUAAAUGUCGUUGCCGCCGUAUAUCUCCAGUGCUACCAAUCACAUUAUGUCAUACUAUAUAGUGUUUGAACGAUUUUGACCUUCAUUUAACUAUAAUAAUUAAAUUCGGCGAAGUUGAAAAAAGUUACGGCUGUUCAAAAAUGAAUGGAAAUAAUGGAGAAAUCCGUUAUAUUUAGACAAGUUUGUAUGAAAAAGGGAAGAAUGUCACGCAAGCCACCAAUGAAAUUUGUGAAGUUUACAAAGACGAUGCUGUAUCAAAUCGUGUAGCACAACAAUGGUUCGCUCGCAUCCGUUCUAUCGACCUAUCUUUGAAAAGGUCGAUGAAAUUAUGAGAAAGAUUGACCAGGACCGUCACGCAAAAAGCAGCCAUGACACCGCUAAGGAACUUAACAUUCUUCAUCAAACGGUUUUGAACCAUUUAAAAAAGGCUGGCUACAAACAUAAGCUCGAUGUUUGUGUACCACAUGAAUUGUCUGUGAAAAAUUUAAUGGACCGAAUUAGAAUCUUUGCUGAAACGAAAUGAAAUGGAACCAUUUCUGAAGCAAAUGGUAGCAGGAGACGAAAAGUGGAUCAAAUGCAACAAUAAUGUGCGAAAAAGAUCGUGGUCAAAGGGUGGUGAAGCUCAACGAAUGGUUGCAAAGCCAGGAUUGACGCCUAUAAAGGUUAUGCUGAGUGUUUGGUGGGAUUGGAAAGGAAUCAUCCACUAUGAGUUAUUCCAGCCUGGUCGAACGAUUGACUCUACAUUUUACUGUCAACAACUGAUGAGAUUGAAGUAAGCAAUAGAAAAAAAAAACGGCCAGAACUGUUCAACAGAAAGGGCUUCGUCUUCCGCCAGGACAACGCUAGACCACACACAUCUUUGAUGAUUCGGCAAGAGCUUGGCUGGGAAGUCUUGAUACAUUCACCAUAUAGCCCUGACUUUGCAUCAUCGGUCUACCAUUUGUUUCGGUCAAUGCAGAACUCUCUUAGUGGGGUAAAGUUGGCUUCAAGAGUAGCCUGUGAGAAUUACUUCUCGCAGUUUUUCGCCGAGAAAUCAGAAAACUUUUACACUGAUGGAAUAAUGUCUAUGGCAAAAAGUGGUCAACCAAAAUGGUAUAUAUUUGGUUCAUUAAAGUUCAUUAUAAAUAUAAAAAGAAUAAGUUUAAGUUUGAAUCGAAAUACGAAAAGACUUUUUCGACUACUCAAUAUUUUAUAAAAUCUCAUCAUAGUUCGACACUUUUUGGUUCAUUUAAUUGCUUUUAGUUUUAGUGUUUAUGUAAGAAAUAUGUAAAUCUUUGCCUUUUUAUUUCAGCUUUUAACUUGGAAAGUAUUUUUUUUAUUUCUUACUCCACUUUUUAAUAAAAAAAAAUAUUUUCUCAAUUUUUAUACGAAGAAAUUUGGAAUUCAAAGUUUUGUUUUUAUUUUCAAUUUUUACAAUUAAGCCAAAAAAAUAUUUUUAAUUAACAAAAUUUAAUCCCAAAAUCGGAAUUAAAAAUUGGAAAAUUCUAUUUUUAAUUCAAAUUUGUUUAAUUAAAAAUUUUACUUUUCUGGUUGUCAGUGAAUACAUUUUUUUAUAUAAAGGCCGCUUUGAAGAAUUCUCUUAUUAGACAUCGAAUCUUUAGGUACAAAACGAUUUAUGCUAUUAUUUCGACCUUUUUAUUCGAUUAAAUAUUUAUUUUUAAAAAUUUUCAUGAUAUAAAUAAAUUAAAAUUAAUAGCAAAAUAAGAUAUUUUUUUCAGUAAAACGGAAUUAAAAAUUAAUAUAUGUAUUACAAUUAAAAAAGAAAGAAUGCGAAGGUUACUUUAAAAUAAAACAAAUUGAAAAAAAAAAUCUCUGUUAUUCUAACUUAUUAAGUGACUCAUUCAGUUUGAUUAAAACAAACGAAGAUAAACCGUUAUUUCGCAACGUUCUAGUAUUCUCAAUUUAUAAGUAUGUGCACAAUUUACAUUUUUAAUUUUUCAAAACAAAGAAGAUGCAUGAAAAAGCUAGUUUUGAGCGCCAGAUGCAAAUUGUUAAGCAAUACAUUAUUUGUAACUGUAUACAUAUCAGCAAAAGCAUAAAAAAUAUAUAUAUUAUUGUACUUGUAGUGUGUAUGUUCGCUAUUGUUGCACUGCAAGUGAGAUGCAAAACUCUGUCAUGUGACCUUCCAUUAUUUGAAACGCUCUUCUACAUACAUACAAAUAUAGUUAUAUAAAUAUGUAUGUAUGAGAAACGCUUUUAGGUAGCAAACGUUGGUUUGCUGUUAAAAAUUGAAGAAAAAUUAAGGAAUUUAAACAUAAUUAGGAAUAAUUCAGAAAAAUAUUAAAGCAUUAACAUCUGAGUGUUAAUGUUGAUUAGGAUGUGUUAGCUGGAAUACACUUAAGAAAUAUAUAUAGUACAUAUCUAUAUUAAACGAAUGCAUUAGCUAAAGCUGAAGAUUUGAGUUGGAUCAAGAUGUUGACACAAUUAGUUGAAGAAAAGUACUUGAAAGUUAGCUACAAAUUGGAAACGCAUACAUAUCAUUUUAAUGUAAGUUGUGAGAUGAAAUAUAUAUAUAUAAUAAGAUACAUAUAAAUAAAAAUAUUAGAAAUUAUAAUAUUAAUAUUGAUAAAACGCAUCCGUUCAUAAAUGUUAAAAUGUAUUCACUUUCCCAACAACAAACACUUAUUACCAUUAAGGAUUGUUUUCUCCGAGGAAUAAGAAUUGUUGUAGUAUUGUGUUUGAGGCUUGAUAAAAUAGGCUGUGGCUGAGAAAGGCUUUUCUAACUAUUAAACCAUUUUUGAAUUUAAGGAAAUAGACCUCAUACUCAAUCAAUUCAAUAGUCGAGAUCAUAUUGUGUGACCAUACCUUCCAAGUAGUUUGAGUUAUACUCAAUAGGACCCUAUAUAUUUCAGGUAAUUUUCAGAAAAUACAGUUAAGAUGCCAAUAAUGGAUCACACUGCUUUAGAUGGAAAGGCUUUGCUAACUAUUAAACCAUUUUUGAAUUGAAGGAAAGAGACCUGAUACGCCAACAAUUCAAUAGUCGAGAUCAUAUUGUGUGCCCAUACCCUCCAAGUAGUUUGAGCUAUACUCAAUAGGACUCUAUAUAUUUCAGGUAAUUUUCCAGAAAUACAUUUAGGAUGCCGUUAAGGAAUCACACAGCUUGAGAGUAGGCUAGAUGACACAAACUUCGGCACAAUACAUACAAAAUUUUUAGGCUGCUUCACUCCAUAUUCCAGGUAAAGGUGACAUUCUGCGCUUUAGACAUUUUUUAAGGGUUUCACAGCAUGCUUAAGGAUUUCGUGUUAACUACUUUAUCGAUUUGAUGAUUAAUAUAUUUUUGAGUUUAGUGAAAUAUGUAAAUCUAGUUAUAGAAAAAUAUAUACCACACAUAUCCAUAGUAUGCCUGCGAUUCACAAAAAGUAAAGACUAUAAAAUUAUUUGGACGGCCAUAGCUUCAUAAUAUUAUAUACAUAUAAAACUAACUAGAGAAAUUAUAAAUAUAUAGUUGAAAUAUAGAAAAAAUAUAUUAAAAUAUUUUAACUGAUAGCGAAUACCCCUCCAUUGUCUGCCCCAUAUAAUCACAUAUGUACUAGAAACGCAUACAUAUCAAUUAUUGAAGAAAAUAAAAAAAAAACUAUUGAUCGUUAUUUACUGUUAUCGGUUUACUUGUACAAACCUAAAAUUACUUACAAGGAAGUAUACAAAAGAGCAUAUAAGUGGGUGAGUUGUGCGCCCCACAUACGUCUAUAUGUAAUUAUAAGUAUUAACAAAUGAGAAAUCAAACUACUAGCUGACUACAUAUGAUUCUAGGUAAGAACAAGCAUUAUUACUCGCACAUAUGUAAGAACAAAAAUGAAAAAUAAAAAAUAAAAAUAUUUAUUAUAACCUAAGAGUGUUUGUAUAUACACACACAUAUAUAUAUAGCAGCAAGGAUUUCAUAGUUCUAAUAUAUAAUAAAUAUACACAUAAGUACAUACAUACAUAUACAUGAAAUGUAAAAACACACUAAGUUGUAAACGACCGCAAGAGAUGUUGACUGCUUUUUUGAAAUGUAAACAUAAGAAAUACAAAAAUGUAUGUGGCGACCUUAAAGUUAAAAAAUACAAAGAAACACAAAUCGAACUAUGAUAAAAUAUUUAUUCUUUAUAUAUAUAUGUAUGUCCCACGUUUAAUGAGAGUUGCUCGGUAUUUUAUUCUAAAAUUUACGAAAACAAAAGUUAUACUUUCGUCGAGUUUGUUGGCAUUUUAUCCCAUUUUAAUAAAAAAAAAACAAACUAUUUCAUAACAACUAUUAUAAACUAAAACAGUAUACAAGUUAAUAUUGCAAAUCUGAAUGUGUUUUUUAAUAUUAAAAUCCUACGUUAAUCAUCCGUUACAAUGUUGAAAAUAAAAGAUUUUAAGCAUUUAAAGUUCUUAGUACGCAGUGUGAUUGUUUGGUGCAAGUUUGAUGAGCAAUUAGUAUGAGCAUCAGCUGAUGUGAAUGAUGUAAAUGAGAAAUUCUUUACAAGUUUUAGGUUAUGUUAGGUUCCUUAUUUAUUUUACUUGUUUAUUUUUAACUAUUUUAACGUUAUAAUAGUUGUUUUGCUGUUAUUACAAAAUACACUUACGCAAAGUUAUAGGAAAGGAUGAUUAUUUUUGUAUUUAAAUUUCGUUAAUGGAAAAUAAUUUUUGUUUUAAGGACUUAUAUACAGUUAGAAGGCCGAAAAGAAGCGAAUUUUCCACAGUUUUUUCUAAGAAAAAUUUUUAAUUUAUUUAUCCAAAAUUUUGUAAACAUAUUCUGGCAUUUUUUUUACUGUAUUUUAAGACUUAGUAGCAGUAAAAAUAUUUAUUUGGAAAGAAACUACAGCUGAUCUCCGAAAUCUCUUUUCAAAAAAGACGUUUUGCUGUUACCACUAUAUCUCUGAACUGGAUACUCUGAAAUUAAGGGGUUAGGUGGGUUUCAGAGGUACAAAAAAGGUAUUUUUACGAUAUUUUUUUUAAUAUAAAAAUCAUAUAUUUCAAAAAUAUAUGUAGGUCAAAGGUACAUAUUUGAACAAUGUCUCCUGAAAUUUUGAUAUAAAAAUAUUAAAAAUUUCUAAAAAUAUAUAGAGGAGGGGCAUUUUUGGAUCUGACUGCAAUGAAAUUUUUGACCGUUUGUGGAAAUUUUGGAAUUUGUUUUGCAAUGUCUUUGCAACACUUAUUUUCAGAGUUAAAGAAAAUCGCAAAAUUCGCUGAAAAACUGGAAAUUUACACGAUUAAAUGACAUAGCACAGACAAAUGACUGUAAGACAAUCGACUAACGGAAUAAACGUGAAUAAGGGGAGAACAGAUUAAACCGUAAGGCAUUCAUUUUCUCCGAACUUCAAUAAGGCUACAAGCUGAUUUACUACUUCAAAGAUAUGACAUAGAUUUGAAAUACUGUCAAAACGUGCGCUGGAGUGUUCCGUUGAUUAGUUAACUUUAUUAUUAUUAUUAUUUUCACUUACGUUACUUUCAAUGUUUUAUUCAAAUUUCAAUAUUCAAUAAUUUUAAAACACCUAAUUUCUAUGUACUGAUUUUAUUGCCAUUAAUUCAUUAAAAUUUUUAUUUUCGACUAAGCUGAAAAGCCAUAUAACUAUAAAUGUGUCGAUUUUGAGAAUGCAACAACGUUUUAUGAUAAUCAUUUUUAUAUAAGUAUUAGCCCGUCACUCAGUUUUGAGUUGAAUGAUGAGAAAGCGCAUGAAUGCAAACUAAAAACCACCAAUAUUUACUUAAAGUUUAUAUUAAAUUUCUAUAAGUUAUUAUUCUAAAUAUAACCGCAUAUUAGUUCCUAAAACAGUAAUAAACUUUUUUAUUGAAGUUGCAGAUUUUGGCGAAUUUUGACCAUUUGCUUACAAAAUUAAUUUCAAUUUAACAAAAAAUAGACAAAGAUGAGCGCUACUUUAAUAAUACAAAAAAGUUAGAACAUUCAAUUAGUAUAUUUGUGUUACACGAUAAGGAGUAAAUAUGAACACAUAUCAAUGUUUAAAUAUAUAGAGAAUACACGAAACCACGAAAUAUUAUGGUUUAAUUAUUAUACACUUACAUAUGUAUGUAUAUCAAAAUACAGCAGAGUGUACUAAAUAAACGAUAAAAACUAUAAA